GCAGUUAGAGAUCUGCAGGUUAAACCGAAGAAGGAUGUCGACCAUGAAAGGGUCCCAACCGAGCAACAAUCAACAUUUACAAGAUGGAAGCCCUAGCUUUCGUACACUUCCGAUCCCCUCCUACCUUCUCCAAAUUCAUCACAUCACAAUCUAAUUCCUCCCAAAAUCCCUAAUUUUCCUCUCGAUUAAUUGGAUUGUCGUUUGAUCCUCUUAGAUUGAGAGGAGGGUUAGGGAUAUUGAGGGAGAAAUGACGAUUUUUUAUUCGCUGGUGGCGAGGGGAUCUGUAGUAUUGGCGGAAUUCAGUGGCACGCAGACGAACGCCGGAACCAUAGCGAGGCAAAUUAUUGAGAAAAUCCCGGGAAAUAAUGAUACGAAUGUUUCGUAUUCGCAAGAUCGGUGUAUUUUUCAUGUUAAGCGUACCGAUGGACUCACGAUUCUCUGUAUGUCCGAUGACGUCGCCGGAAGAAGGAUUCCUUUUGCCUUUCUUGAAGAUAUUCAUCAGAGAUUUGUGAGGACUUAUGGUCGAGCCGUAUUAUCGGCUCAGGCUUAUGGCAUGAACGAUGAAUUUUCGAGGGUUUUGAGCCAACAGAUGGAGUAUUACUCAACUGACCCUAAUGCAGAUAGGCUAAACCGUUUAAAAGGCGAAAUGAGUCAGGUGCGCAACGUCAUGAUAGAGAACAUCGAGAAAGUUGUAGAGAGGGGUGAUCGCUUGGAACUACUUGUCAACAAAACUGCCACUAUGCAAAAUAAUACGCUUCACUUCAAAAAGCGAUCUCGUCGAUUCAGGAAUACAAUUUGGUGGAGAAAUGUCAAGCUCAUGGUUGCUCUAUUGUUGCUUUUGCUGGUAGUAAUGUACAUUGUGUUGGCAUUUGCUUGCAAUGGGCUUACACUUCCUGCAUGCCUUGCCUAGCCUAAGGUAAACAAGAUGACUUCAAUGGAGACUUGGGUUACAUUCUUUAGAACUGAAACUGGAUCAAAGAUCAGUUUGUAGUUUGAAACCUUGAUUCCCAUGGCUUCUUUUGGCAUGUCAGAUUGUAUUUUCUUUGUAUCUUUGAAUGAAACUACUUCAUUUCUCACCCUCUCAAAAGUAAUGGCAAUUCUUUGAAAUUAAUUUUUUAUU